AGGAGGGUGGGAAGUUUGAACGUUGAGAAACUGUUGAUCGUUUUUUUACAAUUUUCACAAUUUAAUGCGUUGCUUCACUGUGCAAUUUUCCACUUGAUUGACAGUUAAGUAUUCAACGAUCAUCACUACAUUUUUAGAACCUAUUUGCUUUCCUUCGAGCGCGUUCAACGAGGUUAAACUGGAAAGCGUCAUGGCUUCGCUUAACGGUAAUGGCAGUCCUUUUCGUCCGAAGUGUGAGUAUGAAAACUUUGCCUUUGGAGUAUUAAAUCGGUAGCUUUUAACAAAUGUUUGGUUUUCCUUUUCGUUAAUAAGUAUUUUCAAGUAUGAAUUAUGCUCUAACGCACAUGUAUUGAAGGACUAAAUUUACUCUAAAGUAAAGACCAAGGAUAUGUAGCUCUGAAUCAGCAACAAAUUUGGGUAGCGAUGCUAACAGACUAAAGUAAUCAUGAACAGCAUAUCCUUUUACCUGUACAGUCUAACCUCUCCUUACGGACACCUCUGUAAUACGGACACCUAUUUAUUACGGACCGUUCGUUUGUUCCCAGAAAUGCCAGAAAUCAUACAUUCCCUUCCUCUAUAAUACGGACACCUCUGUAAAGCGGACACUUGGUUCUGUCCCUUUGGUGUCCGUAUUAAAGAGGUUUGACUGUAUUAAGAAAUAUCUUAGAAACCACACUCAUUCACAUUAAUUUUGUUAGAAUAUAUUCAUUUUCGUGAAGGAAUAAUCAUGGAUCAGAUCAGAGGCCAGGUAUACUUGUAGAGGGGACUGUGUACGUACAUCCCUAUAUCGAUCCUGCUAAAUCUUGUUGCAUCGACUAUUGCAUCACACUAUUGCUUUGCAAGUUGAGGUUGCCUAUGUCUUUUGUGCAUAAUAAAACCCUGUAUUAUUCCAAUCCAUUUUGUGCAACACGCAAAUUGUAUUGCUCUUAGGUAGACCGUAGUUAUAAGAGCCAGAGAUUGAAUCCAUUGAAUCGUAAUCAAAGUGCAAUCCAACUUGUUGAUUUUAUUUCUUGGUCUGAGGGUGGUAAUUAGUUGACUACCGCUUCCCUGCAUAAUCUCAAAUGGGUUUGCUUUCCUCUUCGUAUCACUUAAAUAAUGAGAAGGAGUUGAUGGUUGCGAUCCGUUCAACCCAAAUUCAGACCGGUCCGACCGGGAAAAGUGGUCCAGUUUUUUCGAAACUUUUCCAGUUGGACCAAACUGAUCCAUUGAGUUUUGGACCAAAAUUUGCGGAAAUUUUGUUUGAAUGGAUUGCGCACGAUGUGUCCAACAUCAUUUUCUCUACACAAUAUCCACUAACUGCAUCAAGAGAAGAGGUAGUGAGAAUUUAUAAAAUGGUCAACAAAGGGAAAAUGUUUUGAUCAUUAUUGAUCAUGUAUGUGGAUAAUGGACUUCAAGGGUUAACAGCAUUUAUUUUUUUUAACAGUGCACAAUGCCAAGAAAUUCCUCUCUCUUCAACUGUCUCAAACAAGCCAAGCAAUUUCUGCAGAGUUUAACCACAUGCUCCGAACCCAAACUCUAGCUAGGAAAAGGAAGAAGGUCAUCAGUGAGAUUUUUGCCACAGAAAAGACUUACCAAGAACACUUACAUGCCAUCACUUCUGUGAGUAUGAUUAUCAUUGAGCAGUUUUUAAAAAUUAGCUUCAAAUGUGUGUACUAAUAUUUUAUAAACUUACCUUGCUUUAAGUUUAGUGAUUUUAGAAGUUGCAAAGAUAGACUUCAUUUACAUGUAGGGUGUGUUCCAUUGGGAUGAUCUGCAUCCGGAUCAGUGAUCAGAGAUCACUUGGAUCAUAGCAGAUCAAAAGGAACCUACAUUGUAUGAAUCCACCCUUGGAAAGGAUACAUCGGUUCAUUUUAUGUACCUUGAUUCCAGUAAUCUUGGAUCUUCGAUCUUGAUCCGGAUCAUCUCAAGGUACUCACCCUUAGCCUUCCGCAUGGGAGAGUUGUAUUGGAAACAUAUGCAAGGGGAGGAAGGUAGCUCAUAGGUAUGACAAUCCUUAAAAAGUGACUAUUGGAGGCUAUGAUUACAGUAAGGUUAAUGAUCUCUCAAUACACUCUAACUGCUGCAACCUCGACAAAACCUAGUGUGGACUUUUUGCCUGCACAAACCAUUUGCAUAAGUAGCCAGCUCCACUUGACUUACAUUUAAUGAUCUUGUAGACAAAUUAAGCCCAGUUGGUUGGAAAUCUGCAAUGUACCUUAAUAAUUUGUAGGAUGUCAAAGUUCUUUAGAACAUAUGUUUGACUGUGUGAAUAACUAGAAACUACUGCAGGUAUAGGGAGGAAAAGUGAAUAUGAAUCAAGGCCAGUUUAUGCGUGGUGGUGUUAAGCGUAUAGUUGUCUCCCAGUAACACAAACCUUUUACCUGUAAGGGAAAUCCUAAAAACAUCACUUUACUGGGAAGUUCAGUGAUUGAGGGUAAGUUAAAGAGCCUAAUGGUAAAAAGUAAGAAACUUUAAGUGAAGGGAGUUAAACGUACAACCUGUAUGAGGGAUCGUAGUAACUGGCGGUCAACUGCCCAACAUUACAGUAACUGUAUAGUACAGUCCAACCCCGUUAAUACAGACACUGAGGGGGCCAAAGGGGGUCCAUAUUACAUUGUAAGUGGGUUGAAUUUAGAGAAAAUUUUCCCUUCUCCUACAGAUCUAGGGAGAAAGCAAACUGUCUGAAUAAUGAGGUGUCCAUGUUACUAGUAAGCGAGUGUCCAUAAAGCGGGCUUUGACUGUUCAGACUUUAUCAUCACUUUCUGCAACAUAUGAGGAUUAAAAUUCCUUGAAGCAUGAUGAUAUAAAAGCAAAUACAUGACAGGUUAAAUCCUGUGAACCAUGUAUGGAAAAGCAAAUAUUUAAUUGGUUUCAAUAAUUAUCGGGAGGUCUGAAAAAUUGGGUGUAAAAUUACAGUCACUGUGUUUGAAUGGUAAAGGAAAGUUUGUUGUGGUUGCAAUCUUGAAUUUGAAAAAACCAAGGGUUUGAGGAAUCAGGAUUCUGCUGUACUCAAACUAGGAUAUUCUCCAUUUUUCCUAUCAGCUUUUUCUUGAACCUCUACACGUUGCCUGCAUCCUUCCACAAAAUACCAUCAACACCAUUUUCUCCAAUGUUGAAGCAAUCCAGGCAGUCAACAGAGAACUACUGAGUCACAUGGAGACACAAGGACUUGGUGAUGCCUUUUUGGCCUUGGCACCAUUCAUCAAACUUUAUAGUACCUAUGCUAACAACUUUGCUAAAGCACAGUCUGAACUACAGGUGAGUAAUCACAGAAUAAUGCUACUUUGCUCAACAAACAUAAAUAACAGUGCUAAAAAAAACUUGAAUUCAAGCUUGCCCUAACUUGGUCAAGCAGCUCUCACAAUUUUCUUGCUUGGGACCACUUCUCACUUUUCUCAGUUAAAGAUUUUGUUAGAGGAUGACUUGCCUGGACUCAUGCCUAUUGGGCAAGUGAGUUUUUAGGGAUAACAUAAUAGCAGGACUUGAUCUGAUCUGGCAUGAUUCAUCUUUUGUCAAUAGCCUUAAUUUAAAAGAAAAACAGCUGGGUUGCAUAUAUAUAGACAACAAUAAAUGAUUGAACAUUUCAUUUUUCUGUGAUUCUUUCUUUUUACAGGAAUGGGAAAAGAAGAAUAAUGAUUUUGCAACUUUUAAGAAAGCUCAGGAGAUGCGUACUGAAUGCAAGGGUUUAAAUCUAGGUGCCUUACUUAUAACUCCUGUUCAGAGAGUUCCAAGGUAAGGAUGUCAUUUAUUAAAAAUAAGUUAAAUAAUGGUGAUUAUAAUAAUAAAUUAUUAUAUUUUUCAUAAUUUUUAGGUACAAGUUGUUACUGGAAAGUCUGUUGAACAAAACUCCAAGAGAUCAUCCUGACUUUGACAAAUUGCAAGGUAUCUUAUAAUUCAGAACAAUUUUACCAUAGCAAGAAAAAUAAUAUAUGUAACAUAGCAAAAGAGAAAGAAAACCCAACAUGAUUUCUAAAGAACUGCUUGAUCAUUCUUUAUUUUUGCUCAAAACCCCUUGGGGACUCCCCGUGAAUUUUUGCCUUAGAAACAGGUAUUUGCAACUGAAAAGAGUAUGGGGUCUGGAAUCAUAAACAGGGUAUACAAUUUCUUGGUCUUGUGUCUUAGGGUGUCCAGUUGGGAUCUUGUGUAAUUUAUGCACCCCUUGGGUGAGUAUCAGUCGACACUAUCAGCCAAUAUGUUGGUCAACCAAGUAUUGAGGUGCACAAAUCACACAAGAUCCAUUGUUGGGGAGGAGGAUUGCAUGACAAGACAAAAAAUGGUUGCGGGGGAGACUAUAGGGUGUCUUUCUGGACCAGAAACCUUGAACAUGGGGUGACUGUUUGUGGUGCAUUCACCCAAACUUCCAAAAGUGUCCCCCCCCCUCCUCCAGACUCAAACUGUCUCCUACUUUGCCUUGAUUUCUUCUUCACUUGAGACCCAAACUUUUCACUAAUUAAAAUUUAUUGUUCAGUAAACACUGUACAAGGUGAAGCCUUACAUAAAUGUUGUCUCUUUUAUUUUCAUCUACUGGUAUAUGUUAGUUACAUGAAUUAUUCUAUAAAUGUAAGCUUUUGACCUCUCUAAUUUGACUACUGGAUAAUUUUUUUUCUCAGAGGCCACAGUUGAAAUAAACAAAGUUGCUCAUCAUAUAAAUGAAAACAUUCGGCAGCGGGAGAAUUUCCAGAAAAUGUUAUCCAUUCAGAAUGCACUGACUGGAGAAGGUGCUCCAAAAAUACUGGCACCAGGUAAUUACACUGCAAAUUUUUAUAAAUAAAAGCCUUUUUGUGAUGAAUGAAGGUAAAGAAUACUGUAUGCUAUACUGACUGAGCCAAAGCUACACACAUGUCUGCAUAUGGUAACACCACUUCAGUUCACUACCUCAUAGCAGGUCAUACAAUGUGUUUACUCCUAAAGUAAGGAGCUAUACAAUGGAGAAGAGAGGUGUGAUGUCACAUUACUAUGGUAGCAAAAUUUUUGGAUCACAACAAUAGAGAGUUUUUGCAACAGCAAAAAAGCAAUAGGUUUAGAUCAGAAAAAGAACAACUUUGCAAGUGUAUCAUGCUUUUUGGUACAUUUCUUAUCCGUUGUUGCACGACUGCAACAUGAAACUUCCUAAUUUCACUCGCCCGCUUUCUACUCAGUGUUAUAUAAAGGUAAAUGCUGUUUCUCUUUCUUUUUAGGGAGGCUUUUUAUAAGAGAGGGGCCAUUGUUGAAGGUACAGUUGAAUUUACUUGUAAUAAUAAUAACAAAUAAUAAUAAAUGUCCUUAUUUCGCCCGUCAAAAUACAUAACAAACGUUACAGAGAGUGAAGUAUACUAAUCGUUAAAAUCGUAGAGAUCAUUUACAAUUAUCAUAUACAACCCGAUAAAAAAUUGGAUAUCUAUAUUGUUAAAUUGCUAAGUUGUAUUUAAACCUUGCGUGUAUCCAUCUUUUCUUAGUUAUCUGUGUUAGUCAAAAAUACCCUGUUUUAAUCUUAUGUGAACAAAAUAUCAUACACCGAGAAACCUAGAAAAGAAAACGAAAAACCUAGCCUGAUAAUACAGCCGUGACGUCUGGGGAACGACUGGAGAAAUUCCAUGCUAAUGACAACGUGUCAUUGCUGAGAUUUUGGUAACGUUUCUGAUUGGUCGUGCCCUGAGCGAAAUUUGUUUCAACCAAUCAGAAGCACUUACUGCCCAAACCUGGCUAGUAACACGUCAUCGAUAUGGAAUUUCUGUAGUCGUUGCUCAGACAUCAUUUCGGGUGUGAACCGGUGGUGGCGUCGGAGAUGUCGGCUGUUUUCUCAGGCUACUAGAAUCCCAGUCAAAACAAUAAGAUACUCAAUAAGAUUUUAAAUAAUGCAGCGGAAAAGCUAGUCCUUGCAAAGGUAGAAGCAUAUAACCCUGAUCGGGGUUAUAUGCUUCUGGCAAAGGCUAUAGGAGUGGAUCACAAGAAUUGUGAGUGAAAUGAUCAGUUUACGGAAAACGGAAAGCCGUGUUCUUCCACGUGGUCUUGGGCGUGUUCCUCACUUGACACGUGUUUUUCAUCUGCAGGUGUGCAGCCGAGGAUCCCAGGAAAGAAUGUUUUUCUUGUUCUCGGACAUUCUAAUUUACGCCAAAAUUAGUGGCUCAGUGGAAAAGGAACAAAGGUAGGGCCGUAAGGAUGCUACAAACUUCUUUUUUUCUUCUCGUUGGAAGGUUGCAUCGUAUCUCUAGCUAAAUAAACCUCAAAGGCCUUUGUUUUUCCUUGUGCGUAACUUUUAUAAUGUGGUGAUGACGAGGAGAAAGUGCGGUUGAACUUUCAAGAUAAUUGGAGUCAUACUCGCAUCGAACACCAUUUUGACACUAAAAGAAAACACUUAGAGCAAAAUACGGUACACGGUUCAAAUAUCUACAGUGUUAAAACCUCUUUAUUUUGCCUUUACGAAGGAAAGACAGUCGAGACCUUAGGUUGUCUAUUCGGGACAAUCUAGGAUUAUACCCCAGACUUUUCAUGCUCGGUUUCCGAUUUCAGACAAGUCUUUCGGCCUUUGGCCGAAGAUCUGUUGGCCUGCAUCCGACACCGAAACAUCCAGCCGCACGCGAGAAAUAAACUUCUGGUACCCACUUCCAGGGGUUUAUUUAUUUCAAACUCUUUUGAGGGGGGACUUAGCUUAUUAGAGAGGAGGGGAUUGUUAAAUUUACUGAAGAUGAUCGUGUAAAUUCUUCAUACAAACUAGGACGCGAAUUGGAAAAGCUUAAGCACAUAAAGUUGGAGGUCAUGCAAGUAGCCGAAGAUCCAAAACAAAUCCGGACUUUCAGAGUUUCAGCACGUGAAUAAAUCAUACCGGAUCAGUCCGCGUGAAGUGUUACAGUUGUGAUUAAUAAACACAGUCUAUCGUUCAAGAAUAAAGGGGAGGGGAGAAGGCAUUAAAAGAGGCGGGGUUAAUUACGUUCUUCUCCUGAAAGGGGGGGGGGGGGCUUAUUUGAAAGGGGGACUAAAUAUGGGAUUUACGCUAUACAGAAAGUACCCUUCACCCUAACCUCAAUUCGCUUUGGAUUCAUGUUUAUAAAUCACUCAUAUUUCUUGGGUUAAAACGAACCUUUCGUAAUUUUCAUGCAUUUUUCGAUUUAAACUACCGAUGCGAGUGCUCACAUGAUCACAUAGUUUUGCACGGGUCCUGUGGUAGAGUAUUCUAUUGUGUACUUCAGAACAAGAUUAAUUGUUUUUAUUAUCCACUGCACACAGCUCCUACCUGUGCCGUCGUGUGUUACCGCUGAUCGAUUGUGAAUUGGAGCAAGUGUUAGGCGGCUCAACAGAGAAUGAAGAUACUUCCGGUGCUGGGGCUCUCUUCAAGGUAAGCGGUUUUAGACAAACAAGUGACGUAGACUACACCGGAAGUGUGCUUGUUUCCUUGGGGAUCGAUUAUAGUGUUUACCUUUUUUUUAUCUCAUUACAGAUAACAUGCAAAGAUAAAUCUUUGCUUUUGUAUUCGAAGUCGAAAAUGGAAGCGGUGAAUUGGUUUAACUGUAUUAGGGAUGCCAUCAGGUUAGUAAAGCGUUUUUGUACCUUUGCAGACUAAGGCUGCUUUCAUGCGGUACCGGACGAAUUUUACCCUGGGCACCAGAGGUCUUUUCUCGCGUACGACGAGGAGCUUCGUCGGCCGAAGGCCGAAGACACGAGCGGGUCACAUUUUAAGAUUUGACCGAAACCGGAAACCGUGCAUAAAAAUCCUCUGGCACCCAGGGUAGAAGAAUUUUCAACCGGUUGAAAGUUCGUGUGAUCAUGCCAUGUGAACGUAGCCUAAUACCAGGGCCUACAUCAAUAGCAUUUUUUUUUAAAAAAAUUAACGUGGAAUAAAAUAAUAAUAAUAGAGAGGUUAAGCAGCACGUUUACGUCGAACGGCAAACGCAAAUUUGUACCACGUGACCAAGUUUCCUCUUUACUUGUCGUUUACUGUUCACUAUUUCUUCGCCUCAAUUGGUAGUUUCACGCAAUUUUUUAUCGGUAAGAAUUGUUUUGAGCUGUUUUUGUCUACUCAUUUUCUAUUUUGAGAGAUUCUCAACUUCAAUCUGACGUUUACCGUAUAUAGUCAGGGAGCAUACAUACGUGAAGCUUCAACUCUAAUAAUGUUCAAUAACACAACUGCUCCAGUUUAACUGUCGUGAAGGAAAGCACGAUUAGUCAGUGUGAAUAUCACUUUGACAGUUUCUUUUCUUUAUCUAUCUAUACUUUCGCUUUGGUUUCCAGCAACCUCAAAACUUGCAGAGCCUCCUUAAGAAAGCCUAAGGAUUUUGAAUUACCGAAAAGAUCCACUCCUCUGACAAGGUCCGCGGCCAAGAAAGCUCGCUUAGGACUGAGUCUGAUUCGACAGGUUAGUUAACCACGUGUGAGAGGCUAUAGAUUGUAUAGUGAAUAUAUUUUCAAACUAAGACUUUUCAUCUACUGUCAGCAAAUGUCUUGGACGGAUAAUGCUGUCAUAUAAUAGGCGGCUUUCAUUUGAAUUGCUUCAAAUGAGCUCACCCCUAGCCCCGUAAUCUAACCCCCCUCCCCCCAUCAACUAUAGUGUUGCUAUUAUGUUUCACAGUUUGUGAUCACUUGGCGUAAAAACAAAGUCAUACUCAGACCGAAUCCUGAAUGACGAAACAAGCACCCGCUAAUGAAUCAACUCUCCCAUCUAGGCUAUGAAUUUUCAAAACAGCGCCCUGGACGCGACAUUUGGAGGUUUCAAAGUAAUUUAACUCGCAGUUCUCAUACCACAAAGUUGAAACUCAAACGUUGUAUCCUCUUUGAAACAUAAUAAAUACCACUUCAGGAGUCUUUAGACUAAGAGGUACAGUCGAACCUCGAUAUAACGAAGAGCCAAGGAACUGGGGACAUUUCUUCGCUAUAACGAGGUUUCGUUAUAUCGAGGUUCUUUUCCAUAUGUUUUACUAUUACUGGGGUAAAGAAAAUCUUUCGUUAUAUCGAGGACUUCGUUAUAUAGAGUUUCGUUAUAACGAGGUUUCACUGUUCUGCUCACAUCCUACAAUUCUACGGUCACUUUGGGAUACAUAUGACACUGGCAAAAUUCAGAAACGCGCUGUAUUGCAUAACGCUCAUCCCAAUAAACUAAAGCUUGGCCAUAAUUACUUAAAAUGAAGUGCGUUCAAGUUUCGAUCCACAAAGUCAAACGGAGUUUGGAAAACGUGUAUUUGAAUUAGGGUUAAAGUUCGCAGUUAGAGAAAAAAUUUUAGUUAUUGGCGUGCAUUAAAGUUCGCAUGUAACGGGCGGUCCAUUUUAAUUUUUCUUUUCCUUGUAACUGUGACUUGCAGGAUUCAGGCGCGGAAUGUUCAAGUCCCGCAGUUUGCAUCAAAGAUAGUCUGUACCCUUUAAGAAAAGAGAUGCUAAACAAAUCGAUCACGCCCUGGUCCUCCAAAACCAAGGCAAGAAAACCCAUCGGCAGCGGCACACCGAUUAGAAGACCGAACACUCGAACACGGAGCAAAGAAACUGUCAUCAACUCUCCAUGGAUCAAGACUGAAACAAACACUACUGCUUGCGCGAGUUCCCUAACAGAACAGGGAGAAUGGAAUCAGAAUAAUAGUGAAGAAGCUACCAGUACCGGUGAAACGGUUGCUGAAACCGCAAACAAUCAAGAUAUGACUGCUGGGCAUAACGGUGUAAGAACACGGGCUCAGAAAAGAAAAAUGUCCUUUAAGGAAAACCGAGAGGUGGAGGUUAGUUUGCUUUUAUAAAAAAAGGGUAAAGGCGCACACGAGCCGAAGGCCCAAACGGCUGAGGCUUAUCCCGGUUUCUUUAGCAUGACGAUUACUACUCCCCUCUAGACGGGAUGCUAGUCCAUCGCAGGGUCCCCACCCCCCCACAACACUAUGUCGCCGGAAGCCAUUUAGUAAACACACCUGGGCGAAGAGAAACAAAGUGAAGAAAAGUUUCUUGUCUAAGGAAACAACGCGACGGGCGAGGCUUGAAUCCUGGACCUCCAGAUGCGGAGUUCGAAGGGUUAACCGCUUUGCUUUUAUAGUUUGCCUAGAAAUGAUAUCAACACAGGAGCUUACUAAAACACCUCAGUUAUAGAAUCACGCUAGUUUCCAUGGUUUCUCUGGUAACUAGGUUGUUAUUUCUCUCACUCGUGAUAUCCUUUCUUUAGCUGUUUUCCCCGAAAGGAGCAAAAAAACGUUGCCUUAGACCCAAGCUUGAAGUGUCUUGUGUGCAAGCUGUUCGAUCUCCUCUUCAAAGGUAUGUCUCAGCUGAAACCUCCAAAAACGUAUUUUUCUGUGUGAUUCUCUUCAUCAGUGUAAGACUUUAUCGUGAGAAUAAAAUUACGACUUAAUCCCAGUUUUGUGCCCUCUUUGAGUGUGAUUAAAAAAUUAUCUCUUUAGCGUUUGUAGUUAUUUCAAAGCGGCGCGAUCGACCUCUUUCGGACAAAACCGGAAGAGGAAACGAUUCUCCUUUUACUUUUAAAUUUUACUCCAAUUUGGUAGUUACUGAUCAUGCAGCUCUUUCGACUUUAAAUUAAGAAAGUUCUUACAGCACGGUAUAAGGGAGCUGUAUCACGAUUUUGUGGCACAAAUUUAAAACACUGAAAUGAAAGAAGAUCCUGAGAUAAUGGCUCAGUUUUAUUUAAAAUUACUCUACUGCUGUCUUUACCUGUCAAUGUUCAGGAUGGAAAAGUAUUGCAACUUGAAAAAAACUGGGCCAAAACGUUUUCAACGAGUAGCUUCUGGCGAAAAAAUAACCAAAAAACCGAUUAAACUAUGAUUUUUCUGUGAUAGAAUCAUAUGAUAUUUUUGCAUGUCUUUGCCUGUCAAUGUUCAGGAUGGAAAAGUAUUGCAACUUGAAAAAAAACUGGGCCACAACUUUUUCAACGAGUAGCUUCUGUGUUGGCGAAAAAAUAACCAAAAAACCGAUUAAACUAUGAUUUUUCUUUGAUAGAAUCAUAUGAUAUCUGUCGUUCAGAGUUCCAAGUAUCCGAAACGAUGCCCGAAAAAAGUUGAACUCACCAUGACUUAGCUCUGUUAAUCUCUUUCAGUGUCUAUGACCAAGUAAAGCACACGCCAGCCAAGCUGAGAAAAACUACAUACGUAGUAAACGAGGAGGACCCCAUGCAGUCCACAACCUGUGCAGUGAUGUGA